AUGUUCCUGCUGCAGUGGGAAGCCAUGCGCUACUACCGCCUCUGGAUCUACGCCUGCAACGCCGUGCUCCUGGCCUCGGCCCUGGUCCUGCUGGCCUACGCCACGCUCGUCUCCGCCGACUACCGCCUCGCCUUCAUCCCGCACUCGUCCCUCCUGCACCCGUCCCUCGUCUACGCCUACCUGGCCCUCCUGGCCCAGUCGGGCUGCGUCCAGGCCCUGGGCUGCUACGCGGCCGUCAAGCUCGACCCGCGACUGCUCCGAGCAUACUGGGCCGUGUUGCUAGUGCUGCUGCUGGGCGACGUGGCCACGGGCCUCGUCUGGGUGUUUCGCUACGACCGGAUCUGCAGGGACCUGGUGCCCGAGCUCAAGCGGCGGUUGGUGGCCGAGUACGGGAUGGACCCGGGGUUCACGAGGGCCUGGGACCGGUUGCAGGUCGAGGCCAGGUGCUGCGGAGCGGACGGGCCAGAGGACUUUAACCUGACGGACGCCUUCAAUGAUGGUGGUGGCGGUGUUGGCGGUGGUGGAGGGUAUUUUAUGAGUGUGCAUGUCCCGGCCACGUGUUGUCAUCCGAGUCACGCGUUGCCGGUGAGGGCACUGGCCAAUGCCGAGCCGGAGAGUGGCGGCAGUGGCGGCGGCGGUGGCGUCCCUUCCUUUUCUUCUUCUUCUUCUUCUUCUUCUUCGACUUCAGUUGGUAACACUGCUGCUGCUGCUGCUGCUUCUGAAAGAGCAAAAAGGUCCAAUCACAGAGACAGACACUGGCAACCCCCACCCACUAAGCCAUCACCCAAGCUGCCACAGAAACUGGGCCAGAAACCAGGGCCAGGCAAAAGACAGCGCAACCUCAAUGUGACUUGUGUGGAUGCAGACCUGGCCCCAAGGGCAGAGGCCCAUGAGCUGGCCUGUGGACAGGUGCUCAAAAAAUGGGUUGGUGAUGCUGCUGAAGUUCUCUUUGUGCUGGGCUUCUGUGUCAUUGCAUUCUCCAAGAUUUGCUUCCUGGGGUUGCUCAGAUAUGAGAUCAAAGAGAUGAUCCAGAAGAUUAAGAUGCUCAGGUGUGAGGAAGCAGCAGCAGCAGCAGCUGGAGGUGGAUUAGGGCAUGACUAUGCAGACAUCACUCAGAACCAUGUGUCCCAUCAGCAGCAGCUUUUGCUUCACCAGGCUCCUCCAGUGUCUUCUUCAAUGGCUGGCGAAUGUCCAUCAGACAGUGCAUGCGGCGAGGAAGCAGCGACACCUUGCCAGCAACUCGAGGAACAAGACGAGGCCCUGUUGCAGCGCCCGACACCAGUCCACACCCGACUCAACCACUUGAACCCAAACUACGAUUCGGCGUCCGAGCACAGCAACGCCGCCCUCAUUCCGCUCCUCGGCGGCGGCACUGCCGGCGGUGGACAAGAAGCUCACGAGAUGGACGACCUGGCCCAGGCCAGUGCUGGGCCAGGUCGACAAACUGAGAUCUGACGACUUAACGGGAGGCCAUUCAUGCGUUUGUUCUUCCAGGGAAAUUUUCCUCUGCUCUUCUGAUGAGGGUCUGCUGCUGCUGAUGAUGAUGAUGGUUUCCUGUGGAUUGAAUUUGAGUGUGUGUGUGUGGGGGUGGGGUUUUACUCUUUCAUUGCACAGGAC